AUGACAGCCUCCCGCCUGGACUUUGGGGAGGUGGAAACUUUCCUGGACAGGCACCCAGAGUUGUUUGAAGAUUACUUGAUGCGGAAGGGGAAGCAGGAGAUGGUGGAGAAGUGGCUGCAGAGACACAGUCAGAGUCAGGGGGCUUUAGGCCCAAGGCCCACACUGGCUGGCACAAGCGGCGUGGCUCACGGCGGUGGCAGAGGUAGCAGCAGCGUUGGUGAUGGCACCGGACCAAAUGGCUCUGCUAGCAGCCAGCACACUCCGGGUGGUGGGGACUCAGGUGGGGUUCCCCUGAGUCCCAGCUGGGCCAGUGGCAGCCGCAGCGAUGGGAGCCUGCAGCGGAGAGCUUCUAAGAAAGAGCUAAGGAAGAGUUUUGCCCGCUCCAAGGCCAUCCACGUGAACAGGACCUACGAUGAACAAGUGACCUCCCGGGCCCAGGAGCCCCUGAGCAGUGUGCGGCGGAGGGCACUUCUCAGGAAGGCCAGCUCCCUGCCCCCCACCACUGCCCACAUUCUCAGUGCCCUGCUGGAAUCGCGGGUGAAUGUGCCUCAGUACCCCCCUACCGCCAUGGACUACAAGUGCCACCUCAAAAAGCAUAAUGAGCGUCAGUUCUUCCUGGAACUGGUCAAGGAUAUCUCCAAUGACCUUGACCUUACCAGUCUGAGCUACAAGAUCCUCAUCUUCGUCUGCCUCAUGGUGGACGCUGACCGCUGCUCUCUCUUCCUGGUGGAAGGGGCAGCUGCUGGCAAGAAGAGCUUGGUCUCCAAAUUCUUUGACGUGCAUGCAGGAACCCCACUGCUGCCCUGCAGCUGCACAGAAAACUCAAACGAGGUGCAGGUUCCCUGGGGCAAAGGCAUCAUUGGCUAUGUCGGGGAGCAUGGAGAGACGGUCAACAUUCCUGAUGCCUACCAGGAUCGAAGAUUCAAUGAUGAAAUUGACAAGCUAACUGGAUACAAGACAAAAUCAUUACUGUGCAUGCCUAUCCGAAGCAGUGAUGGUGAGAUUAUCGGUGUGGCCCAAGCGAUAAAUAAGAUUCCUGAAGGUGCUCCAUUUACUGAAGAUGAUGAAAAAGUUAUGCAGAUGUAUCUUCCAUUUUGCGGAAUUGCCAUAUCUAAUGCUCAGCUAUUUGCUGCCUCAAGGAAAGAAUAUGAAAGAAGCAGGGCUUUACUAGAGGUGGUUAAUGACCUCUUUGAAGAACAGACUGACCUGGAGAAAAUUGUCAAGAAAAUAAUGCAUCGGGCCCAAACACUGUUGAAAUGUGAACGCUGUUCUGUUUUACUCCUAGAGGACAUCGAAUCACCAGUGGUGAAGUUUACCAAAUCCUUUGAAUUGCUGUCCCCAAAGUGCAGUGCCGAUGCUGAGAACAGUUUCAAAGAAAGCAUGGAGAAAUCAUCAUACUCCGACUGGCUAAUAAAUAACAGUGUUGCUGAGCUGGUGGCUUCUACAGGCCUUCCAGUAAACAUCAGUGAUGCCUACCAGGAUCCCCGCUUUGAUGCCGAGGCUGAGCAGAUAUCUGGUUUUCACAUAAGAUCGGUUCUCUGCGUACCUAUUUGGAAUAGCAACCACCAAAUAAUUGGAGUGGCUCAAGUGUUAAAUAGACUUGAUGGGAAACCUUUCGAUGACGCAGAUCAACGACUUUUUGAGGCUUUUGUCAUCUUUUGUGGCCUUGGCAUCAACAAUACAAUUAUGUAUGAUCAAGUGAAGAAGUCGUGGGCCAAGCAAUCUGUGGCUCUUGAUGUGCUAUCUUAUCAUGCAACAUGUUCAAAAGCUGAAGUUGACAAGUUUAAGGCAGCCAACAUCCCUUUGGUGUCAGAACUUGCCAUCAACGACAUACACUUUGAUGACUUUUCUCUCGACGUUGACGCCAUGAUCACGGCUGCUCUUCGGAUGUUCAUGGAGCUGGGGAUGGUACAGAAAUUUAAAAUUGACUAUGAGACACUGUGUAGGUGGCUUCUGACAGUAAGGAAAAAUUAUCGGAUGGUUCUGUACCACAACUGGAGACAUGCCUUCAACGUGUGCCAGCUGAUGUUCGCGAUGUUAACUACCGCCGGGUUUCAAGAGAUUCUGACCGAGGUGGAAAUUUUAGCCGUGAUUGUGGGAUGCCUGUGUCAUGACCUCGACCACAGGGGAACCAACAAUGCCUUCCAAGCUAAGAGUGGCUCUGCCCUGGCCCAACUCUAUGGAACUUCUGCUACCUUAGAGCAUCACCAUUUCAACCACGCCGUGAUGAUCCUUCAAAGUGAGGGUCACAACAUCUUUGCUAAUUUGUCCUCCAAGGAAUACAGUGACCUUAUGCAGCUUUUGAAGCAGUCAAUACUGGCAACAGACCUCACGCUGUACUUUGAGAGGAGAACUGAAUUCUUCGAACUUGUCAGUAAAGGAGAAUAUGAUUGGAACAUCAAAAACCAUCGUGAUAUAUUUCGAUCAAUGUUAAUGACAGCCUGUGACCUUGGAGCCGUGACCAAACCGUGGGAGAUCUCCAGACAGGUGGCUGAACUUGUAACCAGCGAGUUCUUUGAACAAGGAGAUCGGGAGAGAGCAGAACUCAAACUCACUCCUUCAGCCAUUUUUGAUCGGAACCGGAAGGACGAGCUGCCUCGGUUGCAAUUGGAGUGGAUCGAUAGCAUCUGUACGCCUUUGUAUCAGGCUUUGGUGAAGGUCAAUGUGAAACUGAAGCCGAUGCUGGAUUCGGUGGCUGCCAACAGAAGUAAGUGGGAAGAGUUGCACCAGAAAAGGCUGCUCAUCUCUUCGGCUGCCUCUGCCCCCUCUGUCAAUCUCAUGGUGACAGGAGAUGACAGAGACUAACCCUCCAGGUCAGCCGCGGCUGUGAAAUGACUGCGUCCUCAGGAGCCAGCUUCGGUCCCACCACAGCACUCUUUUGUUCCUUUAAGCUCAAACAGACAUAAAGUCUCAGGGUUGUGCUGGGAAGCAUGCCUGGGCUUUCACCGUGCAGUGUGGUGUCAGCAGAAAGGACA